CUGCGGUUAGAGGUGUGUCCUAUGAUCCCUGAGGGAUAAAACUGAAAGGAAGUGAAACGAAGAAUGAAAGUGCUCUUUGCACUGAUCGUCAGUGUUGGUAAUAUCAACAGAAUAAAACUACAAAAGUACCCUGAAAAGCUGCUAAAAUAGAGAGAGCAGCUAAAGAAUCGGAAAUGCCAGAGCCAGAACCUGUGGAAUCGGAGGAGGAAGACACAGAAAAUGCUAAAUCCAACAAGGGGUGUGGGGGUCCCCCACAGGGGACAUUACGUGAGAGUCCAGAGAGCACCCUUCGGCUUAGGUUUUAUAGCAUAUUUAUUCCGGAAUUGGAGAGGAUUGCGUGGAAUUAGUGUGGCCAUAAUAGCAGUGGCAGGAUCACUUAUUUUAAGCUGUGUAAUUUUAUUACCAACAUUUUGACUUUCAUGUCUUCAUCAGGACACUAAAAAACAGGAAUUUUAAAAAUGUGUUUGUUUUAGUAGUUUUUUUUUCUUUUUUUUCUGAACAGAUAAUAAUAAGGACUACAAAAAAAGACAGAUUUAAGUAUAUAAGAAAUGUACUUCAAGAAAGAUGAAAUACAGCCCUCAAAAAGAAUUAGAACUGCAAGUUUAAUUCCUUUGUUUUUGCUAUAUACCCUGAUUGAACUUGAGGUCAAAAGAUGUACAUGGUCGAAUUUCAGCUUUUAUUUCCCGGUAUUUAUAUCAUUUACCAUUCAAGGGUUUCAUUGUAACAUAAAGAGUCAAAGGCACAAAAACGCACAAGAAGAAACUUUUGAUGUGUUGGCCUAAAUGUGGCUUUUACGCUUGUGUCAUCUGCUCUCAUUGAAAAGGAGCGAUUUAGUCGGAAAGGGGGGGGUGUGGCUUAAUCUUUCCUUUCCAAGGCAUCUGUGUCUUAGAGGCGUGCACACGGCACUGAACUCUUACACUAUGGCACACGCAAGACGGCGGCAGUUACGGAAGUCGAGCAAGAGGACGACGCAACUCGACAGAAUGCCGGAAUGUUUGGCUGAUUCCUCGCUUUCCUUACGGACUUUUCUGUUGGCCGCCUUCUUCGUAAAAAACCCAACAGAUCCUGGAUUAAAGAAGUUCCUCACAGCGCAGGUAAAGAGGUGUCCGUCUGACUGAAACUCAGUCUGGGGAAGCAGAGCGGGAUCUUUAGCCUGGACAGAUCGACACAAGCUGUGAGUUCAGAAUCAAGGGCACAGAAACUCCAGUGGUACUCACAGGAACAUUGAAGACCGAACACUGAAUUUAAACCAGACAUGUCUACGACAAGGCAGGUGAGGAUUAUGCUAAUGGGUCAGACUGCAGAAGGACAGAGGUCAGCGGGAAACAUCAUUUUGGGGAAAGAUGCUUUCCCCCUUUCAGAAAUGAAGAAGAGUGAGAGGCAUGAUGGGUUAGUGGCUGGGAGGCACCUGGCAGUUAUCACCACAGCAGAUUUGUUUACCUCAAACCUCUCUGAAGAGGAACACUCACAAGGGGUUAGGAGGUGUUUGGGCCUGUCUGCCCCAGGACCCCAUGUGUUCCUGUGGGUGCAGGAGAAGGGGAGCAUCACGCCAGAGGACUGGGAAGCCCUGAGGAGGUUCAAGAAGUCUUUUGCUGAUGGAGCUUCAAGAUACUCAAUGGUACUGUUCAUGCAUGAAGACCACAAGGACUAUAGCAGUUUUGGUGAUUCAGAAAGACCAGGUGAUGGUGCUCUCCAGGACUUUAUACAAGACUGUGGGGGCAGGUAUCACCUCCAUAGUGAGAGAAACCAUACACAAGUCACUGAGCUUCUGGAGAAGAUCCAGGAGAUUGUGGAUGAAAAUGGAGGCAGUUACUUCACUGGGGAGAUCUUGAAAUGGUCAGAUAUUGCUUGGAAAGGGCUGAAGAGCAGAAAGAAAGAGGCUUUUACCAAAGAAGUUAUUGCAGGGAAAGGACAACAAAGGAAGAAAAACAAAAAGGAAGAAGUGGAUGCCAGAGAAGAACUGGGAGCUGAAUGUUCCAGGACGGUGAGCAAGAAAACUGCAAAAGACCUAGGUAUCUGGAAGGCACAAUCUAAACGCGCACAAAGUUGCAAUUUCAAACGGGACAUCAGAGAGUGCAUGAGGAUGGUGCUCGUGGGGAGGACUGGCGUAGGGAAGAGUGCCACAGGAAACACCAUACUGGGGGGAGAGGCAUUCACUUCCAAGGCUCAAAUGUACUCUGUGACAAAGGAAUGUCAGAAAGUGAUUGGAAGAGUAGCAGGACGAAGUGUAGCUGUGAUUGACACUCCAGGCCUGUUUGAUACCACCCUGACUACUGAGGAUGUCCAGAAGGAGAUCAUGAAAUGCAUGGGAUUGGCAUCUCCUGGACCCCACGUGUUCCUCCUGGUCUUAUCCGUGGGACGCUUCACUCCGGAGGAGAGAGAGGUGCUCAGGUUGAUCAAAAUGACCUUUGGUGAGAAAGCUGAGAAGUACACAAUGGUCCUCUUCAACAGAGGCGAUGACCUGGGUGAUCAGUCCAUUGAAGAAUACAUUGCGAAAGGUCAUCCUGAGGUCAAGAAGCUGAUCAAGGACUGCGGAGGCAGGCACCAUGUCUUCAAUAACAAAGAAAAGACUGACCGAAACCAAGUCCUCGACCUGUUUAAAAAGAUUGAAGUGAUGAACUGGGAGAAUGGAGGAAGCUGCUACACUCUCGAGCUGUUCCAGGAGGCAGAAGUGGCCGUGAUGAGAAUACAGAUGUGGAAAGAGAAAGAAGAGGAGAUGAAGAGAGAACUGGAGAUGUUACAAGUGAAGAAAUCAGAAAUUGAAGAUCUACAAAGGCAAAAACAGGAGAGCGAAGGAAAUCUGGAGGAAUUGCUGGCGGCGAAGUACAAAGUGGGAGAACAGGAGAGCCCACAAAAAGGGGGACACCACAAAAGAAGAAAUAAGCAGCGUAAUAGAUUGAGCCCGGAGGACGGAGAGGGGGAAAACCAGAAACAAGAUGAAGAUGGGAAUGAGAAUGUGAUGGGAGUUACAGAGGAAAAGGGGAGCAAAUUUUUGAGGGGCUUCAACAAGUCAAUUAAAAGGCUGCAGAAAAAGGGCAAAAGAGGAAAAGAAAUGAAAAAAAGAGAAGAAAAUGAUGGAGAGGAAACGAACGAUGAUGUGAUUAAAAAGGCCGAAAAACCAACCAAUGAGAAAUUGUCUGCCAAGUCAGAUGAUGCUGAGAGUCAAGACGGGGAAGACAGGCCAUAUAUGAAGGAAAGACAAGAAGUGAAGAAGGAAAAAUACGGAGAAAAUGCACCGGUAAUCUUGACGGAAGCAGAGUAUGCAAGACUCAUGAAUGUAAUUAAGCAAUAUGAGGUAACGGCAAAACAGCAAGUAGAAGAGUUAAAAUGCUUCAUGAUGAAAUACUCAGAUCAUUUUGAAGCCCUGGAAAAAAAACAAAGAUGUGCGAUACAGUGAGCUGAUAAGAGCUCCGGAAGGUGUAUUAGUGACAAUAGGAAAUUUGGAGAUGUAAUGUCAAUAUAAGACAGGUAUUUUGUAGCGCUCGAAUGUUUUAGAAAGGUAUUAAAACUGAAAUAGGUACUGUCCCUUACGAUGUGUAAUUUGUAUUGUAAUAUGUAAAACAGCUUACUCACUCAUUACUACAGAGCUUUGAAAACUGAAGCUGAUUAAUUUUGGGUUGAUAUUGUUUUAAUUUGACUUUUGCAUUUAUGUUCAUUAUUAAUUUAUUAUAUUGUGAAGGAAUUUAUUUUAAAUUAAGUUUGUUGAUUCUGGAUAGAUAUCUGUUUUCAC